AGGUGCUGCAAAGUAUACACAAAAGAAUUUUGUGUUGAAUAAACAAAAAACAAAAGCUUACCUUUAUCCUCCACUUAUUUGCAAACAAGCGCUAAUUUGAAGGCAACUCCAACAAAGUUGUCUUGAAUGUACAAACAAAGUUUCGCAGUAAUCUGUGCCAGGGGAGACAGUUGAAAAAAAAUUUGAAACUGUUUCCGGAUAUUCCUUAAAUAAAAGGCGAAAGAUCACGAAUUGUGAAACAUUUAUAUUUAGAAAAUAGCACGAGAACGAUGCGUCGAAGUUGUGCCCCAUCGAUGAAACGCGCGGCGGACACCGGAUCGGAACAGACGACCCGGCCGUUCCUAUCCACUACGCGCCUUGCACCAGAAAAGGCUGAAGUUGACGCUAAAUUAAUGGAACUCUUCAAUAGUUCAGAAAAUCACGCCCGGACGCUGGAGACCCUAGCAAAAACACGACAACCGUUGGCCCCGCGACCAGUGGAGGAAAAGCAGCAUUGCACCAAAGUUCUAUUCAGUGUCGUUUGGGGUAAAAUAACGACCAAGAAACAUAAAACGUGGGAAGGGGAUGGAACACUAGAAUUGACUGGCAAGUGUGCCACUUUGAUAAAUGAAGAUGGUAAAAUUAUCGCUAGUUCUAAUGGCGUGAAAACGGAGGAUUUCGAAGAAGGAUCCCGUGUAAUCGUUGGUAGUAAAGAGUUAGAGAUUAUCGAAAAGCUUUCAAGUGUAGGUGAUGCAUCUAACGAGAACUUGCAGCAACAAAUUCCCUCUAAAAGAUCUAAACUUGAAACGAUUGAUAAGCAUUUCAAACCACCAGCUGUUCACAAUAGCAUCGCUGUACCAUCAACUUCUAAACGGCCAGUUCUCGAUACUGCGUUCAAACAGGUUGCCAUGAGUGAAAACGAAGUACCUGCUGAAUUUGUGCCUUUGUUGAUGGGGACUCCUUCGUACGAACAUCAAUGGAAACACAAUAAUAGUAAGGGUUCUAUAUCGGAAGUUUCGGUACCCUACUGUUUGGCUAAACACCUGCGACCUCAUCAAAGAGAAGGCGUGAAGUUUCUCUACAAAUGCGUGAUAGGGUUCACUCUGGGGGAAUCAGAGUGGUGUGGCGCUAUUCUAGCUGACGAAAUGGGACUGGGAAAAACACUCCAGUGCAUAAGCUUAGUCUAUACUCUGUUGAAGCAGGGACCCUAUGGCCAACCAAUGGUGAGGCGCGUCUUGAUCGUCACACCCAGCAGUUUGGUGGAUAAUUGGAAAGGUGAGAUUACCAAGUGGCUUGAAACGGAACGGAUUUUCACCUUCAUUGUUGGACCUAAUAACAAGUUAAAAAAGUACGCACAAUCGCCACAUAUACCUAUUCUAAUAAUAUCGUACGAAAUGCUAGCCAAACAGAUAGAAGAACUGGAAUCGGUCAAAUUUGAUCUGGUAGUGUGCGAUGAAGGACAUCGACUAAAGAACAGCAAUAUAAGGACAUCAACGGUUUUAGAUGGAAUUGAUUGUCAUCGUAGGAUCCUACUCACCGGAACUCCCAUUCAGAACGACCUACAGGAAUUCUAUUCCUUGAUCAAUUUCGUCAAUCCGGGAAUAUUAGGUUCCUACGCGGAGUUCAAAGCCAAAUACGAGAUUCCGAUUAUUCAAUCGCAACAACCCAACGUGCUGAAAGAAUUUCAAGAACUAGGAAAGUUGCGACUAGUUGAACUGAACUCUAUCACUUCAAAAUUUGUACUUCGUAGAACGCAGGAAGUGAUUAACAAGUACCUCCCCAAAAAACAGGAACUAGUUGUGUUUGUCUAUCCAUCUCAACUCCAACAGACACUUCUACGUACUGCUUUACAGUCCUACGAGCAAUCUGGGCCAACGGUUACUUCGCCGCUUAAAUUGAUUACAAUACUUAAAAAAAUUUGCAAUCAUCCUUCUUUAAUCACUGUCCCCGAUAAAAACGAUCCAGAAUCUCUAAUUCAGUCACUCAACGAUCGUCUUCCCGCCUGGAAUGAAAUGAGUCCAGAAGAUUCUGGUAAGCUCAGCAUUCUUGGAAAUUUACUCGAAGCUUUGAUAGUGCAACGCGAAAAAAUUGUUGUCGUUUCCUACUAUAGCAAGACAUUAGAUAUGAUCAUGGGGCUUUGUCAGCAUUAUAAUUACAAGUUUUGUCGAUUGGACGGAUCAACUCCCUCUAACGAUAGAAGCAAACAUGUUGCUAGCUUCAACAGCACAUCUUCGGACAUUUUUGUAUUUCUACUUAGUGCCAAAGCUGGAGGAACCGGUCUAAAUUUAAUCGGAGCCUCCCGGCUGGUCUUGUUUGAUAACGACUGGAAUCCGGCUAGUGACCUCCAAGCCAUGGCUCGCAUUUGGCGGGACGGGCAAUCUCGCCCGGUUUACAUUUACCGGCUUAUAACGGCCUUUUCCAUCGAGGAGAAAAUUUAUCAACGACAGAUUUCAAAGUCUUCGUUAAGCGGUGCAAUUGUGGACCAAACGCAAAACCUUAGCAAUCUCAAGUUCUCCGACGAAGAAUUGAAGGAUUUGUUCUCCUUUGUCAACGAGUCGGAUGAUUGUCUCACUCAUCAGCUGCUGGCUUGUGAUUGUAAGGGGGCUGGGGACAUCCCUGAACCUCUUGUUCAUUCAAGUCAAGAAGAACACCCGGACAUGCAAGAACAAAGUCGGUUUCAAAUUAGAGCUGCCAAAUCGCGCACGCACCAACAGCGGCGAUCGAUGAAAAUGCAAGAAUUGAUGCGAUGGGAACACCAUAGAAGUCCUGUUCGAAAUGAUGUUUUGGAGGAACUAUCAUUAACGGAGUGUUCAGAAGGAAUUGUUUUCCUGUUUCGGAACAAGUCGUAACAAAUCGGUAGAAAAUAUAAAAAA